CUGCGCCCGCCCGCAGACCGAGCCCUCUUUUUGGAGCUGGUUUUCGUUCCUUGGUUCGGUGGAGCAGCUUUUACACCCAGAGCAUGUUUCCAGGUAAAGGGAAAAAAGGAAAAGGCCGGGGCAAGGCCCGCGGGAAGAAGCAGAAGAAGCCAGAGGUGGACAUCCUCAGCCCGGCGGCCAUGCUGAACCUCUACUACAUCUCCCACAACGUGGCCGACUGCCUGCACCUACGGGGCUUCCGGUGGCCCGGCGCUCCCAAAGGGAAAAAGGGCCGGAACAAGACUUAAGGAGAGUGUUGCAUGGCCCAUCUCUGUUCCAGAGAACAGACCCUGGGGGAGAGAGUCAGGACAACAGAACUAUGGCAAAAUAGACCUUACUGAAGACAACUCGAAAAGCAAGCUCAGCAUGCUUUGCUGUGGCAGUUAAUGAUAGAGAAAUGUGUGUUACUUCUUCAGCUAGGCCAGGUAUGGUUAGCCUUUGGUUUUUCAGAAGUUAAGGGGGGAGAGUCCAAGUAGUUCCUACACAGUGUGGUGGAAUCGAUAGUACUUUAAUAAAUUAUUAGGAUCAUAAUUCUGGGUCAGAAUUAAACCUUGCUCUGAAAAGGCA